AUGCGUGCCGACUACGCUGCACGCCUCGCAAGGAGCCGCCGCCGGAGCGAUCCAUCGCGAGUGAAAAGAGCUCCUCGAGGCAGCUACAAGGCCAAGAUGAGGGAGACGAAAUCCGCGGGAACGGCGAAUGUGAGCGCGGAGGAUGCGUGGGGCGUGCUGCCCGUAGGCAGCCGUGCGCGGCCGAAAACCUCCACUCGCCGCGGCGAGGGGCCUGAGUCGUUGCGGCCACCUUCAUGGGCGAAGAAGACGGGCGGAAUGUGCGAGAGCACGACGGACGCGUUGGCUCCGACGGGUUCAACCGGCAACGCGCGCGGCAGCGGCAGUAAGCGCAAAAGCGCUUUGAAGCCGUCCGGCUCCUUCCGCACGAUGAGGCCUCGAGAACGGCCCUCCUGCCUGCUCGAACCCGAGGCCAUCGUCGCGACUGGGCAGGCAGGCUGA